AUGAAGGCCAUUGCUAUGCUCUGUUUCCUGAUGGCUGCUGAGGUUCGAACCUCUCGGUUCAUUCGGGACUCCCCGACUAUGUCUGACACUUCUGAAGUCUUCAAGAAUAAUGUUUCCAUACCUCGUCUACACUCACACCCAACCAGUCCGAGGGGCUCCUUCCCACCCAUGUGCACAAAUCCCACGGAGAUUAGGCAUGCUUUCAAGUAUGUCAACACCAUUGUGUCCUGUCUGAUUUUUGUGGUCGGGAUCAUUGGCAAUUCUACACUGCUGAGAAUUAUAUACAAGAACAAGUGUAUGAGGAAUGGACCCAACGUCCUGAUUGGCAGCCUGGCACUAGGGGACCUGCUCUAUAUAAUCAUCGCAAUCCCCAUCAACGUGUAUAAGUUAAUAGCGGCGGACUGGCCAUUCGGAGUGUAUGUCUGCAAGAUGAUCCCAUUUAUCCAAAAAGCCUCAGUGGGUAUUACCGUCUUCAGCCUGUGUGCUUUAAGUGUGGACCGCUACCAUGCAGUCACAUCAUGGAGCAGGGUGAAAGGGAUGGGCAUCCCUGUGUGGAAAGCAGUGGAGGUGACACUCAUUUGGGUAAUCGCUCUGCUGCUAGCAGUACCUGAGGCACUUGCAUUCGACAUGCUGGAGAUGCCGUACAGAGGCAACAAGUUGCGUGCGUGCCUGAUUCAUCCAGAGCAGAAAUCAAACUUUAUAAAUUUUUACCAAGACGUAAAAGACUGGUGGCUGUUUGGCAUCUACUUCUGCCUACCGCUUGCCUGCACAGGAAUCUUCUACACCCUCAUGUCCUGCGAGAUGCUAAGUCGCAAGAAAGGCAUGCGGAUUGCACUCAACGACCAUAUGAAACAGAGAAGGGAAGUGGCCAAGACAGUCUUCUGCCUCGUGUUGAUUUUUGCUUUCUGCUGGCUUCCGCUUCACCUCAGCCGUAUCCUGAUGAAAACAGUCUAUGACCAAAAUGACCCCAACCGCUGUGAACUACUCAGCUUCCUCUUGUUGAUGGAUUACAUCGGCAUCAACAUGGCUUCCCUGAACUCCUGCAUUAACCCCAUUGCUCUCUAUUUUGUGAGUCAGAAGUUCAAAAACUGCUUCCAGUCUUGCCUCUGCUGCUGGUGCUAUGGAACUUCGACACUGGAUGAACGAGGUUCUGGCCCAGGUUGGAAGGGCUCUUGCAAUGGCAAUGGACUAGAUCGCUCCAGCUCCCGCUCCAGCCAGAAAUACACGAGCUCCUCAUAA